GACUGUUGAGCCUCGGCGUGUCCUCAGACGUCGCAGGCCGACGCCGCGGCGGUUACGGCGUUGGCGGUUUAUCAGCGCCGCAGACGCGAGAGCCCCUUCCUGCCGAUCAACCCAGGGCUGGUGGCGCUGCAUCCGGUUGGGCUGCAGAAAAGCGCGAGGCCGCAUCAGUCGGGGACGUGAAAUUUGGAGGAGCGAAAACAAUACUUGGUGCUCUGUCCCUAGAAAGGUCACGGCGUCUGAGAGGCGGCUGCUGCUGCUGCUGCUGUGCCUUUGUGCCAUGGACUCUUGUUUUCUCGCCUUCGUCCUCGUUUCUUCCUUUGCGGUACGUUCAUGUCACUUCGUCGGAGAGUGGGACGACGUGGUGGUGGCGAGGGAGGACACGCCCACCACGCUGGUGUGCACCGACACAGUGAGCGGCGCCGUGGCCAUUAACUGGAUGGUGAAGGCCCCUGGUGCGGAUGAGUGGAAGCUGGUUCUGUCGGCCACAGGCACAGAUCAGUUCUCGGGCGGCGCUUUGAAGCCAUCCAUGCGACUGACUGACCCCAACUUUCACCACACUGGGGUUUUCUCUCUCUUCCUCCUUGCCAAAGUGGAGAACAGGGGCCUCUACUCAUGCUUGAUAAAGAAACAGGGGGGGAAGCAAAAGGAACGGAAAAUCCUGCUAGCCAUCCUUAAAGUCGCCGUGGUCCCUGCUGCUCCCGUCCCCCAGCGCGGCGUCCUGCGAGAUCGAGAAGACGAACGAAGAGGAAGAGAGAAGAGGAAGAGACCAGGAGGCAGAGCGGCAAGGAGGACUGAGAGAGGCAAUGAACGGCGCGGAAAAGUGGCAAGGCCGGCGGUGCGGAGCGGCGACGGCGGCGUCUACGUGUGCGCCGUCCACCCCUGGGGCGGCGGCGGCGGCGGCAACGGCGGCGGCUCCCGCGCCUUCGACGUCAACGUGACCGUCGACGCUCACAAAGUGGCCUCAUUCACCGAUAUACCACAUGGCCGCGACGUCUCCGCCGCCCAGGCUCACACCCCGUUCCCCCUGACCUGUCCCUCUGUCCAGGGGGACUACGUGGUCCUGCGCUGGCGGCCCCCGGACCUCAGGAAGGACAGCGACAUGAGCGUGGUGCACCGCUACGACCGCUGGAGGGGCGUCGCCGCGCUGGAGGAGCGGAGCAAGAGGCUGCAGCUGGCCGGGCCGCCCCACAACGCCGACGCCGGGAGCUUCUCCUACCUGCUCACCCCCGACAUUAAAGAUGGCGGCUGCUACGUCUGCACCGUCUACCUCAACGACGUCACGUUCACGUUCGAGACCGUGCUCAGCGUGCUGAAAGUCAGAAUCAGACGUUUGCCGUCGGAGCUCGAGCUGCAGUGCCAGUACUCCGAGCGGGUCCAGGUCCGAGACGUCAGCUGGAAGCACCAGAAUAAGACUUGCCAAGUGCAGAGGCCAAUCAACCGCCCUGGCAGCGUCAUCACUUCUGUGUCCUUACCCAUCACCCGCGACACAGCUGGGAACUACACCUGCACCCUCACGUUGAUAAACCAGCGAACCGUCCAGGCAACACAAGUGGUCCCGCUGCCGUCUGAAGAGCUUGUCAGUGCCACCACCUCCUCCCUGCUCCCUUCUCUCUCUGCUUUAUUACUCCUGGUGCCCCUGGUUGCUGCCGGUGUGUUGCUAUGGAGACAGAAACACAUUUCUGAUCGUGGCGUUGAGCAGACUCUGUCUGUCCACUCGGGUGAAGCAGAGAACAUCUAUGAGAAUCCUGCAGACAUCAGACAGCAGGCUCCUCCCCAGGGCUCGGUCUACAUGGAUCUGAAGCCAAGAGGAGAGGAUGAUGUCUAUAAGGAACUGGAGCGAUUCGAGCAAUGUCACAACUGAUCACCUACCCACAUGUAAUCCUCAUGCAGCUGUCAAAGCCACUCAGUUUACAUCUGCAGCAGAAGCAUCCUGUAAACAAAAGCAACAACUAAAUGUCAGAGUUGAAGUUUCUAAAAACUGUUUAAAUAUGUUUCUCAAACGUGUGAAAUUUAAUAUCAUAUUUUCACAUUAACUGGUUUCAUGUCUUUUCUUUUCUGUGUUUUAUUUGUUUAUUUGCCCUUUAGUUCUAUGGAUUUGUAACUAAACAGUUUGGAAGAAGAGGUUUACAUUCAAAAAAAUGUUGAGAUAUGACACAAUAAUGUAAAGCAGUGCAUCCAAAAUUGAUUACAUGUACAUGUGUAUGACGUGUACCCUAAUAACUGAAAUAAAUUUUCAGAAUAAGCAAAAAA